UAGAGCUAAAGGUGAAUCUUUAGCUAUCUCAUGUGAUAAUAUUUGCACAAUACAAAGUAUGAGUUACUUGUUGGCUGACUGCUCUUUAUUUAGUACUUGCAGUAUUGCCUCUAAAACUAAUGAACCAGACUAACAUAGAAGUCAGAAUAUCUGUUAGCUAGCUCCACUCCUUAGCCCUCAACCUCAUCAAAUAACCUACCCUCUAUAACCUAUAGAUUUUUCUCAUCUGUAAAAUGAGGAAAUUGAACAGAAAAAUGGGCAAGUUGAACAGAAUAUUCUUUAAGGUUCUUUCCAGCUUUAGAAUGUGACUAUAUGGUGCAGUAAUACCUGUGACUUUCUUCUUCUUCCUUCCCUCCCUUGUUGAAAAAUCUUAGGCCCCAGUAUAUCUUUUCCUGGAAAGGAAUGGACUUAGAUGAAUUUGGCAAGUAAAAAAACAGGCACAGGUAGAUACUCGGUAUAGACAUGAUAGAAUAGCCAGUGCCAUCUGGGUGGGUUUGCUUAUGGAUUAGAAGAACAUGGCCUGUGCAUCAUCAGUGAGGCAGAACUAAAGGAUGAAAUAAUUUACACACCUGCUGUGGGUGUGGCUAGAGGUGAAGGGACCAUGAGGAAUGAGUCCUUGAUUGUAUCCGUGGAAGUUUUCAGAGAUCACAUUAGAGAAGAAGCAAGCUUUCAGAGGUUAGUUGUGUCCAAAGGUGAAAUCAAAAGCUAGGCUAUAACUAAUAAGAAAAAUAGGACCAUAGGAAAAGAAACAUCUGGAAGGGCCUAUAAAUCAUGAGGAGAUAAUGCUAAAGGUGUCCAAGGCUCCUGACCAGUGAACAAAGAUUUGAGAAAGACAGCCAAGCUCAUGUUUUCUCCUGAUCAAGAAAAUCAUCCAUCCAAAGCACCAGUAAAAUAUGGUGAACUCAUUGUCUUAGGGUAUAAUGGAUCUCUCCCAAACGGCGAUAGAGGAAGAAGGAAAAGUAGGUUUGCUUUGUUUAAAAGACCUAAGGCAAAUGGGGUGAAGCCCAGCACUGUGCAUAUUGCUUGUACUCCUCAGGCUGCAAAGGCAAUAAGCAACAAGGACCAGCACAGCAUAUCGUAUACCUUAUCUCGGGCCCAGACAGUAGUGGUUGAAUAUACUCAUGACAGCAACACUGAUAUGUUUCAGAUUGGUCGGUCAACUGAAAGUCCAAUUGAUUUUGUAGUAACUGACACAGUUCCCGGAAGCCAAAGUAAUUCUGAUACACAGUCCGUGCAAAGCACUAUAUCAAGGUUUGCCUGUAGAAUCAUAUGUGAACGGAAUCCCCCCUUUACAGCACGGAUUUAUGCUGCAGGAUUUGACUCAUCAAAAAACAUCUUCCUUGGGGAGAAGGCUGCCAAAUGGAAGACAUCAGAUGGGCAGAUGGAUGGUUUGACCACUAAUGGCGUUCUUGUUAUGCAUCCACGCAAUGGGUUCACAGAAGACUCCAAGCCUGGAAUAUGGAGAGAAAUAUCAGUGUGUGGAAAUGUGUUCAGCCUGCGGGAAACCAGAUCAGCUCAGCAGAGAGGAAAAAUGGUGGAAAUUGAAACCAAUCAAUUACAAGAUGGCUCGUUAAUUGACCUCUGCGGUGCAACAUUGCUGUGGCGUACUGCAGAAGGCCUUUCCCACACUCCUACAGUGAAGCAUUUAGAAGCUUUAAGACAGGAAAUCAAUGCAGCACGACCUCAGUGCCCUGUCGGGUUCAACACACUAGCGUUUCCUAGUAUGAAGAGGAAAGAUGUUGUUGAUGAAAAACAACCAUGGGUAUAUCUAAACUGCGGCCAUGUGCAUGGCUAUCAUAACUGGGGAAACAAAGAAGAACGUGAUGGAAAAGAUCGUGAAUGUCCCAUGUGUAGGUCUGUUGGUCCCUAUGUCCCUCUGUGGCUUGGAUGUGAAGCUGGAUUUUAUGUGGACGCCGGCCCUCCAACCCAUGCGUUCAGCCCAUGCGGGCAUGUGUGUUCAGAAAAGACAACUGCCUAUUGGUCCCAGAUCCCACUUCCUCAUGGUACUCAUACUUUUCACGCAGCCUGCCCCUUUUGUGCACAUCAGUUGGCUGGUGAACAAGGCUACAUCAGACUUAUUUUCCAAGGACCUCUAGACUAACAGACAGUUGUCCUCCAGGACUACAUUAUAAAUUUAUAAGCUAAGUGAGUUGGGUUUUCCAACCUGUUGUCCAUGUCACAGUUUCUCUGCUCUGGUCAUUUGCAUUAAGAUGAAGAAUUUUUUUAAACAUUUAUAAUAAAUAGCAACAAUUUCUGAUCAAAAAAUCUGGGAAACUCAAGAAAAGAAUUUCUGAAAGUACCAGACUUCUGAAUUCUGAGUUUUGAAAAUCUAUUUUGAGGAUAAAAAGACAUAGUCUAAUUUGUUGCCUUCCUUUUAGUGUUUUUGAAUCACCCAUCCUCAGUGUUGAAAAAUUGUUUUAUAUAACUGAGGGUACUGUUGGUUCAAACUAUGUUAGUUUACAGUUUGUUGCAAACAUUGUAAAAUACAGCAACGUGUAUAUUAACUUUUUUCUAUUUAUCUUUAUUAUAGAAAAUAUCUUAGAAUGUUCUUGAUAGAGUAGCAUGGUAACGAUGGUGUCACACUCUUGGUGUGAAUGGUAGUUUAGCGAGUAUAGCUCAAGGAUUUGCAAGCUUAGAAAGAAGGACAAGAGAGCCUCUCCCCACCCCCCUUCUAAAUAUGGAAUUUGGUAAAUUAGAAUACUUUGUAAAACCAAAUUCAUAUUAAUUACUAUUGUAUAAGAGCUGUUUGUUUUUAACCACAUUGAAUAUAAUCAGGAAAGUUCUUUUUCUUAAUGUUUCUCUCAAGUGUAGUAUAUAACGAAAACUUAAUGCUAAGAAACAUUUUAUAUGCUCCGUUGAAUAUGCAAUUUAAUCUAGAUUAUCUAUUUUUCUCCCAUGAUAACUAAUCUGUUUUUAGUACCAGCAACAUUUGGCAAGUUUAUUUUUUAGAUAUAAACUGUGGUUCAUCUGUUCACUGUUUCUAGAAAAAAAUCAUUCUCAUGAGAAAAAGCAUAAAUUAACAAGGAAGAGAGUGACUUGAUUUGCUUUUAGAAAAAGAAAUGCUUAACUAAUUGAUUAUUCUGUAUGUGGUCUUACCCAGGCAUUAAGAAAUCUAGAAAGAGAUAAAGGGUUGAAUGACAACAGUGCCCCCUUUUUUUUAACCUAGCAGACCAGCCUUAACUGUGUGGGCUUUGAAUUCUAAGGAGAGUUGCCACCGUGUGACUCGAGGAAAUGUUUGGUUGGCAGAUGAGCACCAGUGACAGCCGAGUAGAGGAACAUACUUGCACGGUAUGUUUAUUCUCUAAUUCCAAUGAGUUCUUUGCUUCAAGAAGCAAGAAAAUGUUUCUUCACUCCCUCCCCUCCCCUUUUCAUAAUGUACCACAAGGGACGCAUAGACAGUUGCACUACAUCAAACCCUUUGUGACCUUGUAGAAAUCAGUACACUUUUAGAUUAGACAGGAUCUUUUUUUUUUUUUAAUCUUCUGAUUUGUGUUCCUUUAGUUUGAAAGUUGUGUAAUACUUAAUUGACUCUAGCAAAUUUUUGUAUGUGGUAGUAUAGCUUUAAUUUAUCAUAACUAUUACUAUGCUGUUCUGAAUUUUCUUUUAGUUUAAAAAAAAAAAAAAACCUGUUGCUUAGAAGCCAUGAACUAUUUUUACUUUAAUUGAACUUGUCAGAAUUUCCUUGUUUUUAAAAAUGAUCAUUUGGGUUCACUCAGGAAAUGCAUGUCAGGAAACUUGUAUUAUAAGUUUACUAGUUGUGAUGUAUCAGUAACUGCUGUUAUCCCCUUUUCAAAGAAAUAUAAUUGAUUUUGAAGUUUUCCACAUAGUCACAUGCUUUGUGACUAAUGCAAGGAAAUCAAGUCCUGUGUUGUAUUUGUUCUAGUCAUUUCUAUUCAGGCUAUAUAUUGUAGCUAAUUUUUAUUUGCAAUUAAUUUAUUCAAACUAAGUAAAUACUUUUCAAAAUAGAUACUUGAAUUUGUCUCUGUGAGUUCAUUAUUGCAUAACCGAGAAUGGGAAACCAGACACAAAAACUUGUGGACAAAUCUACCUCUCCCCCACUUCAAAAAUACUCACUUUAAAUAGGUGAAGAAUUUGCAUUUAAUGUAACACUUUAAAUCGCUGGUCCUCUUGGGAAAGCAUCUCUUACUUAUUAAUAAAGGAACUUUGUGUAGUGGUUGAAUAAUUGAGGCUUUAGUUAAGUCCUGCUGAGAGUUGGCUCUUUGCAAGUUGAAUACUAGACUGUUUACACAGUGCCUCGAUGUCCAUGAAAGGUCCAUGUUCUUCUCAAAGUGCCUGAAUUUUCUCCUCCCAACUAUGAAAAGUCUGAUUCAUUUUCUAUCAAAUUUAAGUUUUGAAAACUCAGGCUAUUUAAAUCAUUAGGUGUUUUUCUGUUCAAGCAUUUUGAAUAUUGGUUCUGUCAUUCUGCCUAUAUCUAAUGAAACACUUUUACUUACUCAGUUGUAUUAAGGGAAUGUCAGUAUUCUGGCCAAGGAGAAAAAGUUGUAUUUAGGUCUCCCAAAGGUAAUCUUUAUGGCUUAACUCUUUUAAGAAAGUGAUCUAAUUAUCUAAAUACUUCCUUAAUUUGUAUAGGGAAUUUCCCUUCAUCUAACAUUUUAGGGUCAUGAAGCAAGAAAGAGUAAAUAUCCAGAAGGAGGAGUCUUUUACCAGGCUAUCUUCCUGAAGCUGUAAUUGCUUACUUCCAUCAUUUAAAAAACAUGCUGACACAUGCAAAAUAGUAUAGGGGUAAAUAAUCAUGUAAAUAAAUCUAUAAUUACAUCUAACAUGAAUACUGCUACUCUACUCUUCCCUCAGGAUACCUCAAGAACCAUGUGUGAUGCAUGACCUUCUGACAUAUAGACUGAGCAAGUGAGUGAGGGCACCAAUGAAAAUCCAUCCAUUAUUUCUUUAAAUUUAUAAGAUAAAUAUAAUUUUAACACUUUGGCCCCUCAUUGUGAUGGAUCAUUUUGUGGUAUCCCACCUUAGAGACCACUGGCUAAAAGAUGGGUGAUCCAUUCUUUUGUGUUUAUGUUCUAAGCAUUAACCCGGUAGCAAAUGAGAUUAUCAAAAUACUGCUUACUGAACUGCAUUAUUCUUUCUGUCUCCUACUCCCACUUUCAGAAGUAAGUAUGCUUUUAGUCCAUGCCCUCAAGUUUUAUCCACGAAUUCUUGCAACAGAUAUUUGAAUAUCUACUAUGCACCAAGCCUUGUUCUAAACUUUGGGUGAUUUAACAAGAAAAAAAUCCCUGCCUUCACGGAGCUCAUAUUUUAGUGGGGAAGAUAGAAAUGAGUAAGAAAAAUAGAAGAUACAGCAUGAUAGAUAGUGAAGAGUGUUGAAGGGACAAAUAAAGCAGGGAAGGGAGAUACAAAAUGUUUUAUGUGAUGUGUGUGGAAUGUUUGCAGUAUUAAGUAGGAAGGCAAGGGAAAGCCACAUCUAGGAGAUUAUUUGGGCAGAAGAAGUAGCAAUUGCAAAAAUCUUGAAGUAAAAGUGUGCUUGGAAUAUUUCUGUAAUAGCAAAACACCAGUGUAGCUAUAUAGUGUGAAAGGCCAAAAAGGAAAAGUGAUAGAGAUAAGUGGGGUGUGGGGAUGAAACUAGAUCAUGAGGGGCCUCCUGAGGCUUGGCUUUUAUUCUCAGUGAGACGGGGGCAAUAGGAGGAUUUUGAGCAAGGAAGUGACAUGAUCUGACUUCUAUUUUAAUAGAUGCAAAUAGACCAAAGUGAUAGUGGGGAGACCAGUUAGACCAUCACAGUAACCCUGGAAGGAAAUGAUGGUGGCAUGGAUCAAAGUGGUGGCAAUGGGGCUGGUUUGAAAAGUGGACAGAAUCAGUAUAUUUUGAAGGCAGAGCUGACAAUAUUUGCUGGCAGAUCAAACAUGGGUUGUAAAAGAAGAGGAGUCAAUGACUCGGCUCAUCUAGCCUGAGCAACUAGAAGAAUAGAAUUACUGUUUGAAGUGGAGAUUAUGAAAAUAAAAGUUUGGGGGGAGGGUGUAUUGCUUGUGGGAUCAGGAACUUAGCCUUGGACGGACGUUAGAUGGAGACUCCCUGUUAGACAAGUUAUUUGCCAAAGGUAAACUGUCUCUGCUUUUUUAAGGUGCUGUCAAAGUUCUUAAACCAUCAUGAUCAAUGUUCUCCAUAUACACUGUGCUACCUUAGAAACAAAAAAGUAUUUCUCCUGAUUAAUGGCAAACUUCCUUUCACUGAAAUAGAGAGUCGGGACACCUCUCAUGGUUCUCUUUGUUUCAGCUGCCUUCUGAGGAAAUGAAGUUCUGUUUUCAACUACAGUAACUUCCUUUAGCCAAUGUAUCCUAAUACAGUUUUUCUCCCUUCUCAUUAUGUACAUCUUUUUCCUUAGGUCUUGCCUUAAAAACAAAAAAAAAAAAGUCCUAUUUUAUUGAAUCUUAAUAUGUUGCGCUUCAAAUUCUUACCGUGGCAAAGCACAAGUUGUGUUUGGUUUUUUAAAAUCUUUUUAAUAUGCAGGUGUUGAUGGAAAACAAAGAAUUCUUGAACCUCUCUCUAAGUCCAGCUUCCCUUAAAGAAAUAUGCCUGUAUUUGAUAAUACUGUCAGCAAAAAAUGGAGUAAAUAAGAUAAGAGUUUUCCUAGUGAGUGUUGUAAAGCAUCACAUCCAAAUCCAAACAUUCUCUUAAAUGAUAUGAUGCGAAUGCUGGUGUCUUCAGGCUGACAUUAGAUUGUAAAUUCAGCUAUGUAUGUUAAACCACAGCAUAAAAUAAAUUCCUCACAGCUAA